AUGGAUCUAUCGGUCUUGCCAAAUAACAAUCAUCCUGACAAAUUUCUGCAGUUAGAUGUAAAAGCUCUAAGUAUAAGACCUGGUUUAGGCCCAGUUGGUUUCACAGGUCUCUCCGGGGCAGCUUUGAGCGGUCAACAGUGGCACAACCAAGUCUAUUCUCAGAAUAAGAACCAAAAGCCACAGGGGAAGAUCAGCACGCAGCGGAAUGAUGAUUUCCCUGUUCUCAUUGAUAAAGUAAUCAGCCAACAUAGCACUCCCCUCACCCUGAAGUCCACCAUUAAGACAAAUCCCCUGUACGCAGACUGUAGAGCGGUCGAAGGCUGGCAACAGAACAAGACUCAUCCCUCAUGGACAAUUCAGGACUACGACAGACAGUCAAUGCAAUCAAAUUUAGCAAUUCAUCUUAGCAAGGAUCCAAAUGACCUGAAGUUUUGGUUGGAUGACAUUUAUACACCAGGAUAUGAUUCUUUACUGAGAAAAAAAGAAACUGAGCUCAAAAGAGCCAAAUGUUGUAAAUUAAUAUCUGUGGUAGUUUUGGUAACUUGCACUUUAGUCACUGUAAUUACUGUAUUAAUAGUUGUUGUUUGA